UCCCAUUCGCUUCCCCGAUGGGCCGAAAGCAGCGAACCCACGCGCCAAACCCUACUCCGCCUCCGCCCCCGUCCGACGGCCAACGCCGGCCGGCGGGGGGUGGCGGGGGCAGCGAUGAUGCCGCCGUGCGCGCCGAGGUCGAGAAGGCUCUCGCCUGCCUGCAGCGCGGGAGCCACGCGCGGGCGCUGCGGCUCAUGAAGGACGCCGUCGCGCGCCACGGCGAGGGGUCGUCGCCGCUCCUCCUCCGCGCGCACGGCACCGUGCACGCCCGCGCCGCCGCCGUCCUUGACGACCCCGCCGCCCGCGAGCGCCACCAUCGGGCGGCCCUCCAGGCGGCCCGCCGCGCCGUUGAGCUCGCGCCGGACUCCGUCGAACUCGCCCAUUUCCGAGCCAUGCUGCUAUAUGACGCCGCCCCCGACGCCCGCGCCUACGAGGACGUCGUCUCCGAGUGCGAGCGUGGGCUCAACAUCGAGGCCCCCUCCGACCCGGCGCCCCACUCCCUAACUCUGCCCUCCUCCGACGUCGAGCAGGUCCAAUCCAAGCUCCGCAACCUGAUCCAGAAGGCCAACCUCGCCUCCAUCUCCACGUGGGUCAAGACCCUGGGUGGCGCUGGGGAGGACAAGCUUCGCUUGAUCCCUGUGCGCCGCCUGGCUGAGGAACCCAUGGAGGCCCGCCUUGUCCCCACGAUAGCCCCCCCACGCCGGCCAAACGAGAUCAAGAAGGCCACAAAGACCCCCAAGGAGCGCCGCCAGGAGAUCGAGGUACGUCUCGCUGCGAUGAGGCUGCUACAGCAGCAGAAGCAGCAGGACGAUGCUGCCAUCUCUGCCACCUCCCCAUCUUCGCAGUCUCAGGGAGAUGAGCCCCCCUCCUCGUCCUCUCAGUCAUCGGCGGGUGGACAUCGUGCUGAACGGAGAAAGGGCGGGUCCAGAAAGGCCACAAUUUCAUCAGCGUCUGAUCGUAUGGAUCAGGUGCGUGCGUUCUGGAGCACAAUAUCUGUGGAGCGGAGGCUUGCGUUCUUAAACACUAGCAUUUCUGAGCUCAAGUCGCACUAUGCUGCUGCAAUGCAUAAGGAGAAAGAUGCUGCUAAUGCAGCAUCUGAAGUGCUUAAUGAGGUGCUACGGUUUGCCACUAAGAACGGCAAGUGGGAGUUCUGGGUAUGUGGCCGGUGUGGGAAGCGGUUCGCAGAUGUGGAGUCACAUCAGUGGCAUGCGUUGCAGGAGCAUAUUGGUGUACUCUCACCUAGGCUGCAGGAUAUGGUGCCGCAGGAGAUUGAUGCUGACUGGGCAGCAAUGCUCAUUGGUUGGAACUGGAAGCCGUUGGAUGCUACUGCAGCACUGAAAGUGCUUGAGGAAGAGCAAGCCGACAAUCUUGGCCCAGAUAGGGACAAGGAUUCGAUGUCGUCAGAUAAUUGGAGUAACAAAGACAAAUCGGACAUGUCAGAAUCCUCAGCGUCACCACACAACGAGGAGUGUGAUAGUUUUGGAGUGGUGAUGAGGGAAGGUGACCGUAACUGGCCCCUAUCUGAUGAUGGCGAAAGAGCAAAGAUUUUAGAGCGGAUUCAUUCGUUGUUCCAAAUCCUUGUGAAAAACAAGAAUCUUUCAGUGAGCAAUCUGAACAGGGUGAUACAAUUUGCUAUAGAGGAACUCAGGGGGAUGCCUUCUGGGUCACUGCUGCUUAAUCACUCGCUGGAUGAGUCACCACUUAGCAUUUGCUUUUUGGAGGCAGCAUCACUGCAGAAGGUACUCAAAUUCUUGCAGGACUUAUUGCAGUCCUCUGGACUUAAUAGGCAUUUAGAGAAGGAUGAAGGACUAAGUGAUGGGGAAAGUUUCCCAAAAGAUCAUGAUAUACUGGAGAAGGUUACACUAAAUUCUGAGUCAUCGGAACUGAUCCUUGAUGGGCAGAGUUUUGGUGGGAAGUUUGACCCUGAGAAUGUUGAUACCGAUGCACUGCUUUCAUGGCUGUAUUCUGGAUCUUCAAUUGGAGAGCAGCUGUUGGGUUGGAAUCGUAUGCUUGACAAAAGGAGAAAUCAGGGCAUGGACCUUCUUCGGGCUCUUGAGAGGGAGUUCAACAACUUGCAGAACUUAUGUGAGCGGAAGCAUGAACAGCUGAGCAAUGAGGAGGGCUUACUUGCCGUAGAGAACCUCUUUUUUGAAGAACAAAGGCGAAGGGAGCACGUGGGGCGGUACGCAUUACAGGGGUACGAGGAGCUCCUCAGGCAGCGGCAGGAGGAGUUGUUAGAGCGCAAUGCUGAGGAGCUGUUUAAUGGUAGCAGAUCUGAGUUAGAUACAAUCUCCGCUAUUUUGAAGGAAGUUCACACAUCACACUUUGGUUAUGAUGAGGCCUUUUCUGGCAUUGCCCCACGCUUGUGUGACUUUGAUGGGGCGGAAGAAGAUGAAUGGAGGCUGCAUGAUUUUGGACAUCCAAAUGAUUCGGUGGUACUGAUGGUUGUUUCAAAAAUGAAGGAACAAAUUACUAUUGAGCUUGGCAAGAUAGAUGCUAGGAUUAUGCGGAAUGUAGCUGUGAUGCAGCAAUUGGAGCACAAGCUUGGACCUGCUUCUGCUCUUGAUUAUCGAACUAUUCUUCUUCCCGUUAUGAAAUCUUUCUUGCAAAGCCAUUUGGAAGAACUGGUGGACAAGGAUGCCAGAGAGAGGUCUGAUGCUGCAAGGGAAGCCUUCUUGGCUGAACUCGCCUUGGAUGCUGAGAAGAAUGCGAGCAAAGGAGGUGACAUGAAACAAUCAACUGAGAAAUCGAAGGACAAGAAGAAGUUCAAGGAUUCUAGGAGAUCUAAGGAGCUCAAGGAUUCGAGUUCGGGCAAUCAGUAUCUUUCUCGCCAGGACAGUGCAGAUGAGGAAAGGACAGAGCAGUUUCAAAUUCUUGCUGAUUGUGAUGAUUUGGAUUGCAAACUUUCAACAAGUGAUGAUUACUGUAAUGAACAAGAGGAAGAACUUAGGCGUAGGGUACAACUUGAAGCAGAGGAAAGAAAGCUGGAAGAGACUCUGGAAUAUCAAAGGCGGAUAGAGGAGGAAGCAAAGCAGAAGCAUCAUGCAGAACAGUUUAGAAGUACCUAUGCAUCUUCUGUUAUUGGGACAGCUGGUCUUUCAAAUACUGUGAAUUUAAACAGGGGCCAUGAUAGCCAUGCAAGUGCACCCAAUAACUCUUCGCCUGCUUUUCUAGAAGGCAUAAAGUUUGGUGAUUUUCGCUUUUCUGAAGUUCCUUUGCGAGAAGAACACCCUAAAUCUGGACUGUGUGGCAUGAAUCUGCAAAACACUGAGAACAAUUUUAGCGAGAAACAUACUGGAUUGGGCUCUCCUGGGGCACAGGCAUUAACCAGCAGUGAUACGGAUGUCUCUAAGUUAACAUUGAAAAUGAAUGGGAUUUGGAAAAAUGCACAACAUAUCAAGCCUAUGGGCAAUCCCAGCAUCAAAAGGCCUAAGAAAAGUACUAGUGAAGCACAAAAGAAAUACGUCCAAGGUGUGCCCGGUGCUAUUUAUGAUGAUGAUGAUAGGGCAUCUGGUCCACAGUUUGGUAUGCCAGCUCCUAGAUGGAGCAGUUCUGGUAAAGUAACUCACUUUGCAAAUCACGGCUAUCAGGAUGGAAAACAGAAUCAGCUACAUGUGUUGCCUUCAGAUGAUCCACAAUUUGUUCAUAAAGGUCACUCUUCAGGAACAGAGAAGCCAAAUUUUGAGAAAGUUAACAGUGGUGUCAAGCCAUCAGCAGCUCUCUGCAUUGAGGAUGAUUUUGAUAAAAGGUUCCAAGAAGACCUUGAUGAGGCUGUGCGCCAAAGCCUUGGUUAUGAUGCUUCUCCUGCUGAUACAACAAGCACUCCAAAUGGGAAAGAAGUGUAUGGGGCUGGCCUUAAAAAUGCUGCUGGUGAAUACAAUUGUUUCUUGAAUGUGAUUAUUCAGUCAUUAUGGCAUAUAAGGCGGUUUCGAGAUGAGUUCCUUAAAACAUCAUCACUGCAUAAGCAUGUUGAAGAUCCUUGUGCUGUCUGUGCAUUAUAUGAUGUCUUCAUUGACUUGAGCAAAGCAUCCAAGGGUCAAGGAGAAGCUGUUGCACCUACUUCACUGAGGAUCGCUUUGAGCAAAUCGUACCCGAACAGCAAAUUCUUUCAGGAGGGACAAAUGAAUGAUGCAUCUGAGGUACUGGGGGUAAUCUUUGAGUGCCUGCAUAAGUCAUACACUUCCCGUGCUGUCUGCCAUGGUAAUUCUCAUGAGAAGAAUUAUGUCGGAUCAUGGGAUUGUGCAAAUAGUUCUUGCAUAGCACACAGCUUUUUUGGAAUGGACGUAUAUGAACGGAUGAACUGUCACAGUUGUAAAUUGGAGUCUAGACGGCUCAAAUAUACUUCAUUUUUCUACAAUAUCAAUGCUAGUUCGCUCCGAACUGCAAAGAUGAUGUGUCCAGAUUAUUCAUUUGAUGGACUUUUGAAGGUUGUCAUUAUGAAUGACCAACUAGCUUGUGAUCAAGAUGUUGGCGGCUGUGGAAAACCCAAUCAUAUACACCAAAUUCUUUCUAGUCCUCCGCAUGUUUUUACAGUCGUUUUGGGAUGGCAGAACAACAAAGAGAGCGUGGAUGACAUAUCUGCAACUUUGGAUGGUAUUUCCACUGAGAUAGACAUUAGCAUUUUCUACCGCGGUCUAGAUCAAGGAAGCAAACACACUCUGGUGUCAGUGGUUUGUUACUACGGGCAACACUAUCAUUGCUUUGCUUUCAAGGAUGGACGGUGGGCCAUGUAUGAUGACCAGACAGUUAAGGUUAUUGGUAGCUGGUUUGAUGUGAUCGUGAUGUGUGAGAAGGGGCAUUUGCAACCGCAAGUGCUUUUCUUUGAGGCUGCAAAUUAAUUAUUCUUCAGAGUCAAAGAAUGCUGUGCGGUGGUUAACAUGCCCCUCAGAUAUAGGUUUUUCCGUGUGGUUGUGAAGAUUAGAAAUAGAGUAGCAAUUUCGUUGAGUGGGGGGAUAGAACAGUAUUCAAUAGCUGCAUUAGUUUGAGCUUUUGUCAAGCCCUUCUUAAUAAAGUCAUCUGAGCAUCCUAGGGCAAAAAAAGAGCUGUUUAUCUUUUUUUUUGCGUUUGUUUUUUCGUUAACUUGUGGUAUAUGUUGCUGAACUUCUGAUCCUUAAUCUGCCAAAUAAGAUUUUGCUGUCGAGCAAGUGGGUGGGUCAUUCGGCCUGUGCUGCCAUCGAGGGAUUGGAACAAUGAAAUAGUGUAGCUGAAUUUAUUUGGAGCUCUUCAUUUUGCACCAACGAUGUAUAGAAUUUUGGACAUACAAUGUGAAGGCUGGUAUAGGAGUGUGUGUUUUGCUGCUGGAAGGUUUCAAAGGGGGGAGGGGAAAAAAUGUGGUGUGAACUGUAUUUAUUUGUCGAGAAGUGUCGGGAAAAGAAAUGCCAUUUGGAAUAUGGUACCAACGUUGGGAGGAUGUAUCAUUUCAAGAAAUUUGUAAAGCAUGAGGCUAAGAGGAAAUGCUCGAUAAGAUUAUGUGAGAUGGUUGUAGCGACGAAUAGCGGAAACCUUAUCGCUGCUGUUGGUACUCUUAACCAUUUUGUAACAGCGGCAAAAAAAAUGCUGUCGCUGUCGUUGAUCUUUCA